GAACAUCCCCAAGAGCCAUUCAUCAUCCCUCCCAAGAAGUAAGCAUUUUGAGCUAAAAACUCCCUUCCUCUCUCCCUAAACCCUACGGCCAAGCUAAACUACCCUCCUCACAUUUUUCCCACUUCAACCAUGUCAAAUGAAUCCCAACCCAUGUCCCAUGAAGAGCUUGUUGCCUCCAAUGCAGCCUUGAAGGCCCAAGUUGAAUACUUGGCCAAAGAAGUGGCUAAACUUACCAAGAUAAAACUGAAUGCACUACAAGCAAGUGAUCACGAGGAUGACGCUACCACUAGUGGCAUAAACAAAACUAGGGCUCCCGUCCAUGAAGGUUCUGAUUUCAAGGUGGACAUUCUGACCUUUGAAGGAAAGAAUGGCCCGGAUGAGUUCCUAGAAUGGCUAGAGACGGUGGAACGUGUCUUCUAUUUCAAAGAAGUUUCCGACGAGAUGAAGGUCAAGAUAGUGGCCUUGAAGUUCCGCAAGUAUGCAUGCACUUGGUGGAACAAUACUUGCACCAAAAGAAGAAGAAACGGUAAGGAACUAGUGUCUACUUGGACUAAGAUGAGGUCCCUCUUGAAGAAGUAGUUUUUACCCGCUAAGUACAUCCUUUGUGGAGGGGUUAUAGAUAUGAGUUUAGGAAAGUUUUGAGGCAGGGGUAUUGACAGGGUUUUGGGGUUAAUUUGGAUAGUAUCCAAGGAGGAAAAAGAGAUGGUUUGUGAGGACUUUUGGGGCAGGGG